CUCCAUCCCCUCUGGAUUAUGUGGAUACAUACCAUGUCGAUCCAGUAGUCAAUAAACUCGCUGACAUCCCGGUGAUCUUCAGGAAAUAAGGAUCAACUGUCAUCUCUAAAUAUAUCUCUAUCUUUAUAUAUAUAUCUAUAUAUAUAGACCUGGAAGUUGACGACCUUUCCCCAUUGGGAGAAAACCAUGGCCAAGACCCGGGGUGGCCUGAGGCUCGCCAAUGAGUGCCUCCCAUUUCGCUCCCCGCAGGAUCCAUCCAUGAACUCCGCCACGCCGUCAAUAUCGCCGUCAAUUUGUCAGUUCGCCUGUUCGUCAGUAUCGUCGGGCCCAAACGGUCUGGGAGACGGGCAUAUAUUGGGGAUUGUCGCCCUGUCUCCUUCAAUCUAGUCAACUGGACACCAUGCCGUCGAUGAUUUGCACGGCUAGCAUGAAAUCCCAACGAUCAACAUCCUCCUCCUCAUCCACAUCUGAAGUACGGCCGCCCCGCCGUCGACAAUGCUGGGAAUGUCUCCGUCGUCGACUGGUCUGUGACUUUGGCACGCCAACCUGCAACAAGUGUCGUGCAGCGGGGGUGACCUGUCCGGGGUAUGGAGAGAAGAAGCCCCUCAAGUGGAUCGCCCCGGGGAGGGUCAACUCGCGCACGCGACAACGACGUCGUCCACCGGCCAGCGAGUCCGAGGAGAGGGGUCAGAUAGCCUCGCCCAAUCAUGCCGCCCUCGUCGCAAAGGAUCCGGAUCCGCCGUCCGGUUCCUGCAGUUCGGAACGGGCCGUCGUCAAAUUGACCAUCCCGCGCCUGCAGUUGGGAACCGAGGCCAACGCGGUCGUCCAGGCCGCGUCGUACUAUAAUGCCUGCAUCUAUCCCAGCUUCGCGGCCUUCCAUCAGUUAGCCCCCAACCCAUACAUCACGCGCUUCUCCCACGCCGUCAUCCCGCAUCUCCCCCCGGCCAUGUGCCACCUGUUGGUCUGUCUCGCCUUGGGCCAUCGCAUACAGAGUCUCAUGCUCAACACCGACUACGGCGCCCUGAUCGAGGUGCGAUCCCGGCUGUACCACCACCGAGGGAUGGCUAUCCAGCUCCUGGCCGACGCCAUCGGCAACGCCAUCACCCGGACGAGCGACUUGACCAUCGCUAGUGUCCUGAUGCUCUUAUUUACCGAUGCACGGCAGUCUCUCUCGUCCAACUGGCGCCAUCAUUGUGUCGGCGCAAACGAGCUGAUCAUGCUCCGCGGCGGCCUACCCGAAUUGUAUCGCUCCUCGCCGGCCUUAAAGCAAUCGUUGCUGUACUUCAUCAUCAUCGGCGUCAUCGGCAACACCACCACCCCCCCAGCGGACCAGAUCGCCGCCGCGUCCCACGUCCACCUCAUCGAUUUCGUCGCCGAGAUCUACGGCGAUGGCCUCUUCCCCGUCCUGCCCUGCCCCCCAUCCCUUUUCCGCAACAUCAUCGAGAUCAACCACCUGCGAUCCCUCGCCAUGGACCCCGCCUGCGUCCGCGAGCCGCUCCAAUCCGCCGCCCAGGCCCUCCUCGACCGCAUCAGCGUCUUCUCCCCUCACCAGUGGUCCACGGCCAACGCAACCGCAACCUGCCACGACGAGUGGCUCCUUCUCGGCCGCAUCUACCACUCUGCCGUCUCCCUCUUCGGCAUCGCCGCUCUGCAGAGCGCCGGCCUGCUCCCUGCCGCGCCCCUCCUCGAGGCCACGCGCGCCGCCCACGCCCGCGUGCUCUUCCUCCUCCUCCGUCGCGCCAUGCGCUCCCACCCCAUCCAGAAGGGUAUGGUGUGGCCGCUCAUCGUCGCCGGCGUCGAAGCCGCCAAUGCCGGUCCCGCGGAUCGGGCCUUUGUGGACGAGCAGCUGACCGAGAUGAGUCGCGAUCUCGGUACCCCCGUGCCGCUGCAGGCGAAACCGCUGUUUCAGCGAUUCUGGGGGUCAGAGAAUGUGGAAUGGGACGAUUGUUUCGACCGGUCGCAUGUGUUUGUUGUUUGACCGGAUUUAUGGAUACGGCGAUUUCAAUUUUGGACUUGAGUAGCGUGUAU